GAGAAGAGGGAGCGUGGGGCCUGAAAUGCGGGUACGAGAAGAAGGGGGACUUGGAGGAACGGAAGAUAGGCGCGGGAGCGGAAGAGGGUCUCCCGGGGAGCAAAAAAGGGCAUGCAAAGCGGAAGCGGGGUUGCAGGGGAGCGGAAAAGGGUCUUGGUAAAGCGGAAGGGGAAGUCUCCGCGCAGUUCAGGGCUGUGGCGGGAGGCGCUGGCCCUAGGGGUACACUUUAAGUGCAGUCGGGGCAAGAAUCCUAGGAAUGUCGCUGUGGAGUGGACUCUAGCUCUCCUCCAAGCCAUUCCCAAACAGCGAGCCUCUGGAGUUCCGCGGCUUGUCUCCUGCAAAGCCGCCGGGCAGACCCACCCUCUGCUGGGCGUGGGAACCCAGUGCCGGGCGCUGAGGACCGACAUUGCCAGGACAGGAAGCCAGCUUGUGAAGAGGCAUGGAGUUGAAACAGGAAAUGGCAAGAAGUCUUUUGAAGACAUCAUCUCUGUCUUUAAGGACCAAAUUGCUAAAUCAAGUGGGAUCGUCACUAUAUAAUACAUCCCAUGGCUUCCAUGAGGAAGAAGUAAAAAAAACACUUCAGCAGUUUCCUGGUGGAUCCAUUGACCUUCAGAAGAAAGACAAUGGCAUUGGCAUUCUUACUCUGAACAAUCCAAGUAAAUUGAAUGCCUUCUCAGGUGUUAUGAUGCUGCAACUUCUGGAAAGAGUGAUCGAAUUAGAAAAUUGGACAGAGGGGAAAGGCCUCAUUGUCCGAGGGGCAAAAAAUACUUUCUCUUCAGGAUCUGAUCUGAAUGCAGUGAAAGCACUAGGAACUCCAGAGGAUGGAAUAGCGUUAUGUAUGUUCAUGCAGAAUACCUUAACAAGAUUUAUGAGACUUCCAUUAAUAAGUGUUGCGCUGGUUCAAGGUUGGGCAUUGGGUGGAGGAGCAGAAUUUACUACAGCAUGUGAUUUCAGGUAG